AUGGUGUGUCAUCGUGGACUUUACCAGCUGAUAUCUUUCCAGGCAUGCGGAAAAUUCUAUUCUUCCGAGUGGAAUUUGGAACGACAUCGCCGUGAAUCAUGUCCGGUGAAAGGAAAAGCUUCACCUGCUCCAAAAGAGCCGGUGGAAAACGUGGCAAAUGAUGAAGCAAGCGUUCAAGUUGGACAUACACUUUUCCUCCUGUCCAGAUCGGCUCUUUCUCGAGCUUCGGCCUAUUUUGCUCAGCUUUUCGCCAUGCACGAUCCAGCCAAGGGUGAACUACGUCUUGAGCUUGAUCCAACUCAUUUUCAAUCGCUUCUCGAUGUAUACAAUAAUCCCAAUAAUUUGAGCCAGUAUAACAUUGACGCAGUUGUCGUCUUAGCAAAUCGACUAAAAUUCAGCACUGUUUUCGACAGUUGUGAACGUUAUAUCGCGGAACAGCUGCCUCAAAUCUCAGUGAUGCAUGCGAUUCGUUUGGCUGAGCAGUUGAAGCUCUCUACCAUCAAACAGCGAUUGUUUGACACUAUCUCGAUCGAUGUGUUCAGGUCUCUUGCAUCGGAUGAGCAGUACAAGAAGAUGGAUGCUGAGCUGAAAGCUGAAUUGUUGGAAAAGAAGGUGACUCUGACUAGCAAAACAUCACUCCCACUUGAAAACCCAUCCAACUAUUGGAUGUGGGUCAUUGGACCAGAAGACGACAGACUGAUAUGCAUAGUUCUCGUGUCUGUCACAAUACUGCUGGCUACUGCAGUCUUCUUCAUCACUCGACAUCUACUUAAGUCUCAUUCAAGAUUUCUUGAAGACACAGGUGAACAGCCAUGCUUAUCUGACCACUGAUACUUAUUGCCUUCUAUGUUCUUACUUGCCAUGAAAUGCAUUAACAAUGUGAUAAUCACGAAAAUGUAUUUACUUGAUAAAUGAUAACAAUGGAACAAAUGGAACAAUGUAUAUCGCAAAAUAUAAUGAUGUUGGGGAUGAAUGAUUGCAGAAAAUGUCCUUACAGUAGCAGUGCGUUUCUGUCUGAAAUAUGCAGAAGAAAUUUGUUGAAAAGAGACAUUUUUUGUGUCUAGAAUCUUUUCUGAAUUGCUCCAGUGUGGUAUUCAUUGAAAUGCUUGCCUCAAAAAGACACAUAGAAAGAAUAUAACCUCAUUAACUUAGUAUUUUUGAUGCUGAUAACAUAGUAUUCUU